AUGAAAAGGAGUGACAUUAAGGAGGGUGAACAACAUGUUGAUGACACCUUGAGCAAAAAGAAAAUUCUCAAACAGAGCAGCGACCCAAGUGAUGGGGGAAUUAUUCCUGAAAACGGGUCACAAAAUGAGGACGAGGAGAAGAAUAGUCAACAAAACAAGUUUCACCAUCAGGACACAUAUGAGACGAAGGAGCAUCCUCAGAAGAAAAAAUGCAUGAACCAUUCCACGAAGCAUAGCUCACUAAGAAUUGUAGACGAAAUAAGAAAACGAAUUUCCCCCGUGAAACGUACCACACCAUUGUACCCAUUUGAAAGAAGAAGAUCAAUACAGGAAAAUGAACAACACAACGGAUUUCCAAAAAUACACACUCUUGAAAAGAAUGAAAAAAAAAAAAAGAAAAAAAAAAAAAACAUAACAAGAAACAUAUCGCCCAUACAAAUACCUACACACAGAAAUAUAAGUACCUUUGUUAAGAGGAACAAUGAUGCAAUUUUAAAAAGUUCUAUUAACACGAAGAACAAUGAAGAAAAAAAUUCAAAUAUUAUUUACGGAAAAGGAAAUAAGAAAGGAAAUAAUAAGCACUCCUUACGCCUUUUGAAGGAGGGAUUAUUAAACAUCAAUAAAAGACCACGUGAUUUUAUAUUAAAAUUUCCCAGUGAACACAAAAGUAAUAACCGUUUGGAGAAUAAUAAAAAAAAAGUUAAAGUUGAUACUUCAGGAGAAAGCGACGAUGUCAUAUUUUUACACGAGAAUAAAAAUUUACCUUGCCGUUCAGAAGAAAGUGCUUAUAAAUGUAGAAAUACAAAAAACAACAAUUUAAAAAAUUGCACAGACGGAAUGAAUGCAAAUGGAAUUAAUACUUUUAGUUUUGUUAAAAUACCUUUUUCAGUAAAACGGAAAAAUAAUAAAGUUAACGCUAAAAUGAAUAACAUAGUUAUUGCAAGUGCACAAAAAAAAAGCAAGAACAGUAGUGUAAAUCUUGCAAAUGGUGAAAAAAAAGAUAUUCUUAAAAAUGUAUCCUUUAAAAAGGUAUUUAGUGCGGAAGAGGCCUACCAGGUAGAUUUAAACUAUGACAAUACUUUUAAUUGCAUACAGGAGAGAGAAGAGGAGAAAGUCAAAAAAUUCUACAAUAAGUUUUACAAAUGUGCCCAGGCAAGCAAGGGGAAAUGUGCACACGGUAAGCACAGCGAAGGUGUGACGGACGGGGCCGGUGCAGAAAAUGGGACCCACGAGGUCAGUGCCGAAAAUAUACACACGACAUGCUUACAAAUGCUGGACACCCCAUCCGACUAUUGCAAAGCGUGCAAGAAAUUUUUAAAAUUACUGAUAGCGCACGGCACAAAGUACAAAGGAAUUUUAGUAAGCAUAAACUUUAUUCAUGCAAGAAUUCAAAAUAUUCUGUACACGUACAGAUGUGCUAAACAACACAACUUUAACCUUUCUCUAUUUCACAUCAUGUAUAAUUUGUGGUGCCCACAUGAUUACUGUCUAUUUGAAUGUAAAAGCAAACAUACGAAAAGUUAUGCAACUGAGUUUUUUCGUCUCAAAGAGUUGGAUACCAUGGAAAAGCAGAAAGAUUUAUUUUUACAAGCCAAAAUGUGUUCCCUCAUAAAUGCUGAGACUGCCUUAAUAGACAACAGCGAAAACGUCGAUUCGAAAACCAUAAAUGAUGUCGAGAGAAUUAUAAAAAAUGCCAACAAUCCAUGGGAAGUUCUCCAGAUCCAAAAAUUUUCCAGAAUGGAAUUGCAUGACAAGAAGGAGUUAAAACGGAUUGCACGAAAAAAUUAUCAUACCCUAGCACUGAAGGUUCAUCCUGAUAAGAACAAAAGUAAAAAUGCUUCGUUAGCUAUGAACAUUUUAACAAAUUCGAUAAAGGCAAUAACUUCUGUAUGGUAA